CCAAGAUUACGGCAGCCUUCUGCCGUCCUGACGCAAUGUCUGCAGUCGUCUACCCCAGCAACACAAAUCACGGCGUCCUGCCGCGCAGCUACGACUGGCUGCAUGGCGACGCCGCGUGCCUUCUCGACAACACCACACCCAGCGUUCCACAGCUCAAGGCCAUGGGCGGACAAGACGAGUAACAGCGGACCAUCUGCCGAUGAGGCCAAGGUAUCAUAUCCAAGAGAGGUGCAGGCGGAAGCACAAGAGGACGCUUCCCUCUCGGAAGAGCAGGACCCCUUCACCGCGAUCCAAGCCGAGUCCUCCCACGCCGCACCGGUACCGUUGCAGACCGACCUCGUCCUGCCGCCGGCCGACACCAUCGUCGCUCCGCGCCCCGACGACCUGGACACCGCUGCGGAUCAGUACGAGCCCGCGAGCAGCGCAGCAGACCUCGAGGUUGUCGGAGGGCUUGGGGACUGGUUCUCGGAGAAGAACGACAACUGGGGGGCCUCGAAGGCAUUUGUGGGCUUCGGCGCGGCGCAGAGGAUUGACAAUUCAGAAUUGUUGAUCCUGUGUGCGCGGAGGGCGGUCUUGGAGGCAUUUGCGAUUGUGGAGUCAUUGAAGGGGACCAAGAAGAAAGGAGGCCUGCUGAAGGAGGCAUGGGCCCGUGACGGGGGACGGGAUGGCAUGCUGAGGGUGCUGGGCCUGACGUUGGAGGUUGAUUCCGAGGGCCAAGCGCUGGUCAAGGGAGACGUGAAGGGAAUUGUGCAGGCUCUGUCCGCCCGGCAGGCGACGAAUGCUGCUCCAGAAGAGCAGAUGGAGAUCUCUGCGGAGGAGGCCAAGGAGAUUAUCAAGUCAUGGGAUGGGAGCUGGAAGAAGAUCUCGUUGGAGGAUGUGAGGGUCAAGUUUGCGAUCACCAAGCGCAUCUUCCAACUGACCGGCCAAACCAUACCAGACGCCAAGCUGCUCUACGUCAACACCGUCGGGUCGCUGCUCUCCUUUCUCGUCAAGCCGCCGCCCGCCAGGACGGUCAUGCAGGCCAUCGAGCAACGGGGCGAGCUGGCGCAGCUUCCCAACGUGGAGGUUUUCGCGAAGCGGCAGACUCCCGUGCACGAGGCCCAGAGGGUCGGACGAUGGAAGGUCAUUCAGCAAGAGCUGGAGAAGAGAGGCCUGCCUGUCCUGGGCAGCGACCAUGUUGACAAAUACAGGGAGCGCGAGUGGCUUCGGGGC